AUGGAAGAAAUAAUGCCAAUCGACGAGAUAGAUAGCAUAAACCAUUUAGAGCAAACCUUCUACAAUGCUGGAUACCAGUCGGGGUAUGAUCAUGGCAAGAUACACGGCAAGAUAGAGGGCAGAGCCUUAGGUAAGGAGAAAGGAUAUGAAAUCUGGGAAGAGCUUGGAUUCAUGGAAGCAUCUGCUGUCUUUCUCCUCUCAACUCAGCCCGACUCUAAGCACAAAGCACAUGCACAACAGAUAAUAGAAAUGAUACAAAAGUUCCCUCAAUCCAACGCCCAGCAAGACGACAGCAACGAAGAAUGGGAUAUGUCAAAUUUAUUAGAAAAGAUCAGGGCAAAGUUCAAGGUAUUUGUAACAACAACGGGAGUAAAGAGAAGAUUAAAGACAGCAGCACCGACUCAAUCGCUAGGAUUUUGA